AUGCAGUUGCUAAGGUGCAUUUUACUCUCUGUUCAACUUUUUCUGGCUUUGACUGGGGAGCAUAAACCUGGGGCAUCAGAUUACUCUGGUAUACUCCACUGUGGGAUCCAGGGCUUCCAGUUCACUGCAAACCUUCCAAGCCAGGAGACAGCAAGUCCUACUGCACUAAUAGCUUGGGACAAUGAAGGACUGAUGCACAGGCUGCAGAAUGACCCAGUCUGUGGGACCUGGGUCAGGGAGGGAAUAAGCAGCUCCCUGAUACUGGAGGUGUCCUAUAGCAGCUGCUAUGUUACUGAAUGGGUGAGUACUACCAACCAUCAGGGACACCUGGCCUUCUCCUACCCCAUCCAAGUUGACUUCUGGGGCCUCUCUCUCCAGAACUCCCAUUACAUCUUGCCAGUUGGGGUUGAAGGAACAGAUACAGCUGGACACAAGGUGGUGACAGAGAUGGAGGUGCUCAAGUGCCCUAUAAACCUUCGAGAUAAUCCAGAUGCUGACCUCUGUGAUUCUGUCCCAGUCUGGGACAGGCUGUCAUGUGCUUCUUCACCGGUCACUCAAGGAGACUGUGAAGCCCUAGGCUGCUGCUACAAAGCUGAAGAGAAUUCCUGUUACUAUGGAAACACAGUGACAACACACUGCUCCCAAGAUGGCCAGUUCUCCAUCACAGUGUCCGGGAAUGUGACCUCACCACCACUGCUCUUGGAUUCUGUGCGUUUGGUCUUUGGGAAUGGCAGUGAAUGUAAACCUGUGAUAGCAACACGUGCCUUUGUCCUGUUCCAGUUCCCAUUUACAUCUUGUGGUACCACAAGACAGAUGGCUGGAGACCAGGCUGUAUACGAAAAUCAACUAAUAGCAUCUAGGGAUGUGAGAACGUGGAGUCAUAGUUCUAUCACCCGUGACAGUAUAUUCAAGCUUCAAGUCAGCUGCAGCUACUCAGUAAGUAGCAAUGUUCUUCCAGCUAAUGUCCAGAUUUUCACCCUCCCACCACCCCUUCCUGACAUCCAGCCUGGACUCCUCACUCUGAAACUUCAAAUUGCCAAAGACAAAAACUAUAGCUCCUAUUACACUGUUGAUGACUACCCAGUUGUGAAGUUCCUUUGGGAUCCCAUUUAUGUGGAAGUUUCCAUUCGCCAAAGAACAGACCUCUACAUAGGGCUGCUCCUUCAUCAGUGUUGGGCCACACCCAGCACAAACCAUUUGUAUGAACCACAGUGGCCCAUAAUGGUGAAUGGAUGCCCCUACACUGGAGACAAUUAUCAGACCCAAAUAAUCCCUGUCCAGGAAACCUUGAACCUUCCAUUUCCUUCUCACUACUGGCACUUCUACAUUUUCACCUUUGCCUUUGUUGACUCUGAAGAAAAGCAGGCACUCGGGACCGGUAAGAUGCUUCCUUCAUGCUUCUCAGUGUAUCUGCACUGCAGUGCAUCACUAUGCCAACCAGCUGGCACACUGUCCUGUAUGGUGACCUGUCCUGUUGGCAGAAAUGGAAGAAGCACUGACAUUCAUUUUCAUAACUAUACUGCCAGCAUUUCCAGCAAAGGACCAAUGAUUCUCCUCCAAGCUUCAAAGGAUGCUUCAGAAAAGCUUUAUCAGUAUUCGAGCUCUACUGUGGACUUCCAAGCUCUGUGGGUGGCUGGAAUUUCUGGAACUUUAAUUCUUGGAGCCUUUUUAGUGACUUACUUGGCUAUUAGGAAAUGGAAAUGA